UUUCCAUAGUUAACGGCUAAAUGUCCAGCUAGAUUUAGGAACACACCCUAAUGCCGUUUUUUGAAGUACAUAUAAAACAUUGGGAUGUAUGAAGAACACGCGUGUCAUUUUAGCAGUUUUACGCGGUACGUUUAAUUCUCUUGGUUGGUCGUUUAGAGCGGAUCUUAAACUACACAAGCAGAAAUGUUCUGCAGAAACCAAAGCUCCAGAGUCACUGUGGCCCGUGGAUCCGCGCUGGAGAUGGAGGUGAAGAGAGGACAGUUUCGGCUGAGUGUGCUGGAGGACUCCGCACAGGACUGUGAGGUGCAGAGAUUGAUCGAGAGAGAGGUGCGUAUCAGAGAUGGAGCUUGUAGGCUUUUAGCCGCGUGUUCUCAGAGGGAACAGGCCCUGGAAGCAUCCAAAACCCUCCUCACCUCGAACAGUCGCAUAAUGGCCCUCAUGAGCCGCCUGCAGCGCAUGAAGGAAGCGCAGGCCAUGCAGAGAGCUGGACGGAGGUCUUUUGAUGGUGGAGCUCUUGAGGAGAGAUUGCCUUGUACCGCAAAAGUAGCCAUUUCAGAUAUCCGUAUUCCUCUUAUGUGGAAGGACACAGAGUAUUUUAAAAACAAAGGGGAGCUUCACCAGUGUGCUGUGUUCUGUUUACUGCGAGCUGGGACAGAGAUUCAUAAUACAGAUCUUGUAAUAGUAGACAGGACACUCACAGACAUCUGUUUCGAAGAAACGUUGAUAUUCUCUGAUGUACCUCCAGACUUUGACCUGCUGGUGGAGCUCUACAGCUGCCGUGUAGAGGAGGAUUUCAGCUCGGGCCUCUCCUCCUGGAGGCUGAGCCGUCUGGGCAAUUCUGUUACCCGCGCCUCCAGUAAAAAAUUCAUGUCAACUCUGGAGACGGCAGCUUCCUGUGGUUCUCAUGGCAACGGGGGAGAAUCUGGGGGAGGUGGGUCACCUGGAGGAGGAUCACCUGUCCUGCUGCCCAUCCAGUCUGUACAGGGUCCCAAAUAUCAUCUACUAGCUCACACAUCUCUGAAUCUCUGCCACAUACAGAAGUCUUUCCGAACCCAUGACCUGACCAUAUCAGGCACAGAGGAAACCUCAUUCUGGUUGCCGUUGUACGGUAGCAUGUGCUGUCGACUUGUGGCUCAGCCUCUCUGCUUGACUCGAGACGUCAUGUGCGGAGACCUCCGGGUUCAGUCAGAUGCAAGUCCUGAGGAAUGGACUGAUGUCUACGGUGUCCUGAGAGGGACUGAUUUAAAUUGUUACCAGCAGCAAAGCGAUACAAAAUCUUUAGAGAAACCUGUGUUUAAUAUUCCUAUCAAUAAGGACACCCGCGUGCGUGCUGCAGAAAGGAAUCCGUCUUUAAACACCCAAAGUAUCACUAUAAGUAACCAGAUGGCUGAUGAGGCUACAUACACGAUUGUCACGCGACCGCCAGAGGACACACACCGCUGGAUGGAGGCAUUCUGGCAGCAUUUUUAUGACAUGAGUCAGUGGAAGCAGUGCUGUGAAGAGCUCAUGAAUAUUGAGGAAACUUCUUUACGAAAACCAGGGGCAGUGACGCUGAAGAAAGGCUCUUUGUUUCAUGAAAUGGGUAAUAAAGAGAUAUAGUUGGUUACGCCAUCAACCACCCAGACCCGAAACCAUCUGCUACCUCUGAACAGACCUGUUUCUUCAGAGAUCCAGAACUUGCUGUCCACCUAUCAUAAUGACAGGUGAUGCCGACUUGGACAAUUCGUACAAAAACACAGAAACAUGCAAGAAAAGAAUUUAUAGGCCGGUAACGCCCUCACGUUCAAUAGAGUCAUGCAUUUCAUUGCAAAAACAUACCAAACUUUCUAGAUAAAACGUGGAUUGUUGUUGUACACUGUGUCCUUGUGACACUUGAAUUAGUUACAGGAAUCUAUGUUAAAUUUAUACCCAGGAGUGGCCUCAUUGCAGGUGAAUCGUUCACCUUUGCAUUGAAAGACGUCUAUAGGUACUCUGUAAUUUCAUCGAUUUCUAUAUAGAGGCAUGUAAACACGUUUAGACGUGUUUCCACAUGCUGUAAUAAUAGCAUAUAGGUGUGGUGAUACUGCGACACGCCAAACUGUCCCAGCGCUGCACAAUAGGGCUAUGCAUUUUAUUUGAACACACAUCUGUCAUCAAACUAUGAUUCAGAGUUUAUAUAAACAUAAUCAUUUGA